CUACACAUUUCACCAUCUCUGAGGUCGUCAGACUGCACCUGGUGGUCACAACUAGCACUGCAGGCCUGCAGCACCGUUAUAUUAAACAGAAUAAAAUAAUGAUUACAUAUGAAAUUUAGUGAUGACACUUUUUUGCUGGAUCGAAAUAAUAUUCUAUUGAGUAUAUUCAGGACAUUCUUGUAAUUUUUAUUCCUAUUCUUAUUGACCAGCAGCAGCCAUACUAUGAUGAAGUAAAACCUUCUUUUAUUUUUCCCCUUUACAACAAUUCCCCCAGUGUAGAAUAAAUGGAUGAAAUUCACACUUUUCUAAACUAAUUUCUCUGUACAUUACCUGCAGAAAAAAUGAAAUGCUGUCACUUGCACAGCUGACUCUUUGUGGUUGAUAUAUUAAUAGGAUUUAGGCUGGUCUAAUCAAACAAAUUUGGGGGAUUUUAAAAAUACUGCAUGUAAUUCUAGUCACAAAACAGUGCAGAAAAAAAUAAAAAAUAAAAAUAGAAGACACAAGAUGUGGCCUUUAUGGAGCUGAUCAAAUCUCAGUGACAGCCGACCUGUUUCUUGGCAUUCCUCCUCAUUGAUGCAUUUCAGAUUGAGGAGAUAAGAUUAAAAUACAUUUCAUGGAUCCUUCAGCUAUGAACACAGCAGUAACAAAUGGCACUGCAAUACAAAAACUAUUUUCCUAAAGUGUGUCAGUAAGGUACAGCAAAAAAGUUUACCUAUGAAGAAUUCCAAAAUGUGUACAGUACACACAUGGUGAUGCAAAAUGGCAGAAUAUUUAGGACAAGGUCCUUGCUCUUCGUACAAUACAUGCAGUGCAAAUGGACAGAGCGUCACCUUAUGGAGUAGGUAAUUCAUUAACCAGAGUCUUGCUCAUCUGUGUUUGUCAACAUUUAACCAAAGAGGCCACUGACAGCUUUGAUGAGAAGCUACUAAAUGGGUAUAAAAAUAAAAAAAUAAAAAAUAAUAAUAAUAAAAAUCAACAUGCUGAAUAAAGGUGUGAGCACAGUGAAAUUAAAUGAAACUGUAAAUAUAAUUGAUGAUGCGUAUGAACAAGGUAACAAAAACAUCUACAUCUAGUGUGACAUUGGGUCAUUGGUUGUUGGUUCCCCUUCAACAACAUGCAGAAAUAGGUGAUCUAGUAAAGUGGACUUUGUCACAACACCUCUUGCUUUUAAGAUUAUACAUUAUAUCGGUAUUUUUUAUUUUAUUUUAAUAUAAUAUCUUAUGUCAUCCAUAGACUAAAGCUUGGAAAAACAAAGGAAGCAAUUCCAAUAUUGCUAACCAAAAUGUAAUGACUAACUGCCAGCUCAUGCUUCUUUAACUAUUUUACGUUUAGACAGUGUCCCUCGAGCACGAUGGGGGUUGAAGCCAAGACAUCGUCUCUGUAAAUCAUCACAGCGAAAACACAUGUUCACAGUGUAAUUUGCCUGCCCGGGCUUGAUUCUCGAGAAUCUCACUCAGCAAAUGUCAAGUUUACAGAUUUUGGCGUUUCUCAGUGGCCUUGUUGGCGUGGGGGCCAUUAUUGGUGCCACCGUGUCCAAUGAAUGGAAGGCCACCAGCCGGGCGUCAUCCGUCAUCACAGCCACCUGGGUGCUGCAGGGUCUGUGGAAUAACUGUGCUGGAAAUGCCAUUGGAGCGCUGCACUGUAGACCACAUCACACCAUCUUUAAGCUGGAAGGUUACAUCCAAGCCUGCAGAGGACUGAUGAUUGCAGCCAUCUGUCUGGGAUUUUUUGGUUCUAUUUUUGCACUGGUUGGAAUGAAAUGCACAAAGAUCGGAGGCACCGACAAAAAUAAAGCCAGGAUUGCCUGUUUUGCCGGUGUCGAUUUUAUCCUAAGUGGUGUCUGCUCCCUGUCAGCGUGUUCGCUUUAUGCACAUCGGAUAACGUCGGAGUUUUUCGAUCCGAUGUUUAUGGCACAAAAAUAUGAAUUAGGAGCUGCUCUCUUCAUCGGCUGGGCAGGUUCCAUUCUCUGCAUCCUAGGAGGAGGAAUGUUAUGUUUCUCCAUCGCAGAUUCCUUUAGCAGAAGCCACAGUCAGGCAAAAUAUAUCUACAAAAGUGCGGCCUCGCAUUCGCACAUCUCCACGUACACUAGAGGGCAGGCAAACGCUGCAAACCAGAGGCCACCUGCAGACUGUAACUCCUCCAGGGUCCAUCACUUUGAUAAAAAUGUCUACGUAUAAAGAAAGUGUGACGACUAUGUAUGAAAGAUGAGAAUAAAUAUAUACAUACAUACAGUUUAUACAUUAUUUUGUAAAUCCACAGAUGGUCUGUGGCUAUGUUUUUUAUAUUGUUUGUGCUAGUUGACUGGGAUACUUUCAGUCUUAAUACAUAUAGUAAUAAUGAUGUCAGUUAAUCCAUUAGUAACAUGCCUUUCACCUUUCACUGAACCUUUUAGCCCAGGAUCAAUACAUAAAUUUAAACUCUCUUGUGUUGCUUCUACUGCUGUUUCUGAGUUUGUAGUUUUAUUCUUUUGUUCUUAAAAAGGUGUUUGUUAAUGUUUAACAUGAAGUGUACUUUUUUCAGUGUUCAGUAGAUCAUUAGCAAGACUUUGCAUAUUUCUACACGUUCAAAAAAUAAUUUGAUUGUUUUAUUUUAAAUUGAAUAUAAAAUAUUUUGGUGUGCUUAGGGUCCAUUUUUUGUCUGUUUGUCUGAAAAUGCAUAUCUGUGAAUAAAGAUAUUUGUGUAUGACAGCAAAGAAGUAAAGGGAU